CGCGGAGUAAUACCGUACCUCACAGCACAACUAAUACAAGUCAAUGGAGUUGGCAAAAACUACGAUAAAACCUGUUGGAAUGCGUAAUUUGCAGCGAUUUUUGUGUGAGCAUACCAGUGAACACCCCUGACCAUUUUAGGAAGGAUUGUUCCAGUGCACCAUUAAACCCAUUGUAAAGGUGUCGCCAGCACGCGGUGUUUCGAGUGCUUCAAAAUAGUGAAUCAUUUUUCUUGCGGAGCCGCAUGAAGUCAGACACCUCCUCAAAUCUUCCGGGGUUACUGGUUUACAAGCUGCCUCCCAGACUCUUGUGUUGCUCUCGGAGACAGAUGCGGUUACCAGGCAACCGCUCCUGUAGCUGUAUCAGUAUGAGGCUGGAGUGGGGGUUUGCAGUUCACAACGAUGCUGAGCUGCACUCCUAUUGGCCGCAACAUCCUGACAAGUAAAUCGAUUGGAUGGGUGUAUGUCACUCGAGAGCUUUCUGUCUCGCUCAAUGUGAUGUGUUUUGGGGGAGGAGUCUAUGCAGCAGAAGACAUAGGAUUGUACCCCUCCUUCAUUCUUCUGCACAAACAUCAGUAUGUCUACGCACAAGUCCAGCUGUCGUCUGUUUACCUCUGUUAUCUGGAAAACCCACCAGGAAUGAAUCGAACCAUAGACUCCUCUGAUUGUAGAUGCCUCUCGGCUGAACCAAGACAAGACAAGUCUGCCUGGCCGUCUAGCGUUUUGUGGAGUUUAUGUGUGUGUGCCAUUAGCCUCUUUGCGUGGAGUUACCCCUCAUACACCCCAUGACGCUUUGCAGUGGAACUGGAUGCUGAUGGAUGAAAAAUGGACGGUGUGCCGCUCAUUCAUUACACAUGCAUGCCUUUUCACAGACACCUUUUCUCAGCUGUGGAUCUGAUUGAAUGUAUAAACGUCUGAAUACAACUGCUAGCACAGCGAUGUGACAGAAGGAUUGGUAGAGCUGCAGCCCCGCCCUUGGUUCUGUCCCAGAAUGCUGAGCCCAGUUCUGUGUUCAGACCUUGCAGUCCUAGAGCCGGACUUCACAGAGGCUGAUGUCAUCUCAACGGUUGAGUUCAACCAGACAGGAGAGUUUUUGGCCACAGGAGAUAGGGGUGGGAGGGUCGUCAUCUUUCAGAGAGAGCCACAGGGCGAAUAUAAUGUUUAUAGUACAUUUCAGAGUCAUGAACCUGAGUUUGAUUACUUGAAAAGUUUGGAGAUCGAAGAGAAAAUAAAUAAGAUUCGCUGGCUGCCUCCACAUAACCCCGCCCACUUCCUUCUCGCCACCAAUGAUAAGACCAUAAAGCUGUGGAAGGUGAGUGAGAGAGACAAGCGAGCAGAAGGUUAUAAUCUCCGAGAUGAAGAGGGAAGACAGAAGGAUCUUUCAACCAUCACCACUCUACAGGUCCCUGUCCUGCGUCCAAUGGAUCUGUUGGUUGAGGCAUCACCUCGGCGGGUUUUUGCUAAUGCACACGCUUAUCACAUCAACUCCAUCAGCGUCAACAGUGACUGUGAGACUUACCUGUCCGCUGAUGACCUGAGGAUCAACCUGUGGCAUCUCAGCAUCACUGACCGCAGCUUCAAUAUAGUAGAUCUGAAGCCAGAAAACAUGGAGGAUCUGAGUGAGGUGAUCACUGUGGCAGAGUUUCAUCCUCACCACUGCCACCUGUUGGCCUUCAGCAGCAGCACAGGAACCACACGGCUCUGUGACAUGAGAGCCCGUGCCCUCUGUGACCAACAUGCCAAAUUGUUUGAAGAGGAAGUUGAUCCAGCACGGCGAUCGUUCUUCUCCGAGAUUGUUUCUUCAGUGUCUGAUGUCAAGUUUAGUCACAGCGGUCGCUACCUGCUCACGCGAGAUUACCUCACUGUUAAAGUCUGGGACCUUAACAUGGAAAAUAAACCAGUGGAAACAUACCAGGUCCACGACUACUUACGAACUAAACUGUGCUCUUUAUAUGAAAGCGACUGCAUUUUUGACAAGUUUGAAUGUGCCUGGAACGGAACAGACAGCGUCAUAAUGACAGGGGCUUACAACAACUACUUCCGAAUGUUUGACCGGGCGAGCCGGCGUGACGUGACUCUGGAGGCCAGUCGAGAGAUGUGCAAGCGCAGGGCGGUCCUGCAGCCGCGUCGGGUGUGCGUGGGCAAGAAGAGGAAAGAGACGGACGUCAGCGUGGACAGUAUGGAUUUCCGGAAGAAGAUCCUUCACACCGCCUGGCAUCCCAAAGACAACAUCAUCGCCAUCGCCGCCAGCAACAACCUCUAUAUUUUUCAGGACAGACUGACGCCCCACGGACAUCACAAUGCACAACAGAUACAAAGUGCACCACCUGAAUGACAGACACACUGGCCUUCCAUACAGUAACAUCUUCCUAUUGGCACAAUGUGCCAAAAUGAUCAUUUUUGCCCUUUAACAUCACAUUUUCCAUCUGGAUUCACCGAUGCCAGCCUCAGAACAAUCACAUAAACUAUAACAAACAUAUUUAACCGUUUCAUGAUAUGGUCCCGAAUGAGAACGUACCACUAUAGCAUGGCAUGCAGUAUGAACAUUCUGGUAGGGUUCAGAUCGCACAUGCAUGUUUACAAAGCUGUUUGCUCAUAAUCAGGGCUCGUUUAACUAUAUGAUGACCAUUGUGAAUGAAUACGAUGCUUUAUAAUGCUCUGUAUUGCUUGUAUAGAAUUGAUGUGUCCGUUCUUCUCAGGCUUGAAUUUUCAUUGGUUUGACAGAUCGCUCAGGGACACUUACUUAUGUUUAAUGGCUAAACUCACAAUAGGAAAUCCAGAACAAGCAGUGAACCGGAUGGCGGGCUAUGGGAGGCUGCUGAAAGGAAAACAGCGUGUGCAGGGAUCAGAUUUAAUGCUGAGUCAUCAAUCCUCAAAAACAAGGAACAUUCGUAUUUCAGUGCUUUCGUUCACGUCUAUCUAGCAUAUUAAACAAAAUAUAGCCCAAAAUGGAGCCCAAUUUCUUCCAGGACAUAUUUUGAUGAAUGUUGGAAGUGCUCUUUUCCAUAAAAUGAAUACAGAAAUGACCAGGAAUUGUCAUUCUUCAAAAAUAACGAUAAAACACAACAAAAUUUGUCUAUAGACGGUUUCAGCAGUAACAACAUAAAAAAGCGGCUGUCGUGGUCUGCACGUAACUUCCGGUAAACUCUGCUAAAUAUAAAUAACAACAAAGUUCUUAUAUAACAAGCAAAAAAAACAACACAUAUAUUAUCAAGGAAGCCAAAACAUUUGUUAUUUUCGACGAGGCAUUUGUUCAAGAGAUCAUUUUAGGAACUAGUCAGACCAUAAAAAAAAAAUGAAACCGGAAGUAUAGUUUGGAUGCAGACGAUCCGAUGAAACCGUCUAUAAAAUGUGUGCUAUAUUUUCGGCCUAAAGCCGCCUUUUCACUGUACACGACAUUCGGACACGGUUGUCAGAGUUCGCCCCCUAUUGGCAGCCAUUAUAAAAUUUCAAUUUAAUCGUAAAUCUGUGCCAACAUGAGAGAGAAGCUCAUUCCAGCGCUAGAGCUUUCAAUCUACGAAUAUUCACUAUAGUGAAAUAAAUAAAUGAAUACAAAUUAAUAAAACAAUAAACAGCUAUGCAUGUAUGACAAAGACCGGCAAUAUUUUUGGAGAUUCAAUAUUAAAAUGAAUAACGUGUAAAUAUUACAUUAAUAAUUUAAAUUGUUUUAAUAAGUAAUAAAUCGUGUUUAAAAGAUUCAAGUUUUAUUGAUAAAGUUAAACAAAAAAGAAUUCAUAAAUUUCACCUCCCACACAGUUUUCGAUUAGAAUACAGUGAAAUACAUUACUUCCGGUCAACGUAUAACGUGUUGCAUAAGUUUUAAAAGGAUCCAACGUUUAAACGGAUCCGAAAAUUACGCAUCUGCAUAUGGUUAUCACCUUUGCGGCUCUCCAUAGGGAAUGAAUGACUUCCUGUUUAUCUGCCGUUGUUUGUCGUGUACAGUGGAAAGGCGGAUGUACAAUAGUGUCACUGGGUACCUAUACUGUAUAUAAACAUACACUGCAAAAAAUGAUUUUCAAGAAAAAUAAUUCUUAGUAUUUUUAUCUGGUUUUCAGUAAAAACAUCUAAAAAUUCUUAAAUUAAGAUGCUUUUUCUUGAUGAGCAAAACGACCCAAGAAAAUAAGUCUAGUUUCGAGACCAAAAAUUUAAAAUUUAACUGAUUGUGUGCAUAAAACAAGCAAAACAAAACAUUUUUUUGCUUAACCCAUUGGAAGAUUUUUUUUGCUUGUUUUAUGCACAAAAUCCCUUAAAUGUAAUAUUUUUGGUCUAAA